UGUUUGGGGGAGGCGUGGCUUCCGCUAUUCAUAGUUGUGAGAACCUCCAGAGGUCUAUUCGAGGUCAUUCUAAGUGCCUUCUAACAGCAACUGCUGCAGCUAAAGAUCUUACGGAUACUGAACGUCCACCUUUGAAUUCUCCACUGCUCAUCAUAUACACAGUCUUUCACUGGUGCACAAAGGCUAUGCAAGCUCAGGAACUCAUAAGACAUCUGCGGAUUCCCGAGCUGGAAGACAUUCGACAGUAUGUGCGCAGCUUUCCCGCUAAUGCACUCGUGGGCAUGGGCGCAUUUGCUGCCAUAACCACCUACUGGCUUGCAACAAAGCCAAAAGCCCUCAAACCACCAUGUGACCUCACUCUGCAGUCAGUGGAAAUACCGGUUGGAGAAUUUGCAAGAAGGUCGGUGCUGACUGAAGACAACAAGCAAAUGUUGUAUUAUUACAGUGAUGCCCAGACAAUGUAUGAAUUGUUUCUGCGAGGACUCAGAGUGUCAAACGAUGGUCCUUGUGUUGGAUCAAGGAAACCAAACCAACCGUACGAGUGGCUAUCCUACAGAGAGGUGGCACUCAGAGCGGAGCACAUAGGCUCCGCCCUCCUUCACAGAGGACACUCUCACAAGGGAGACAAGUUCAUUGGCAUCUUUUCUCAGAACACACCAGAGUGGACCAUUGCAGAGCUGGCUUGUUACACAUACUCCCUUGUGGCAGUUCCAUUGUAUGACACACUUGGUGUAGGUGCCAUUGACUGCAUUCUUAAAAAAGCGGCCAUCUCAACCAUUCUGUGCGAUGUACCUGAAAAAGCUCAGCUAAUCCUGGACUGUGUCAGUGGGAAAGAAGGAACAGUGAAGACGUUGGUCCUCGUGGAGUCAUUUGACAGUGACCUGGUGGCUCGAGGGCAGGAGAAAGGCAUUGAGAUUCUGAGUCUGAAGGAGUUUGAGGUGUUGGGUAAAGCCAGCCAUCAGAAACCAGUGCCACCUAAACCAAAGGACCUUGCAAUUAUCUGCUUUACAUCUGGAACCACAGGAGACCCAAAAGGUGCCAUGAUUACUCAUGAAAAUAUCAUCUGCAACACAGCAGCUUUUAUUGCAGUAACAAAGGUGUCCUGCAUGCUGAACCACCAUGAUAUUCACAUGUCCUAUCUCCCUCUAGCUCAUAUGUUUGAGAGAGUUGCACAGGCUGCCAUCCUUAUCCAUGGGGCUCGGAUUGGCUACUUUCAAGGGGACAUUCGUCUGUUGAUGGAUGACUUAAAAACUUUACAGCCGACAGUCUUCCCUGUAGUCCCACGGCUUCUCAAUCGCAUGUUUGAUAAGGUGUUUGCCCAAGCCAACACAUCUUUGAAGAGAUGGCUGCUUGACUUUGCAUUCAAGAGGAAGGAAGCAGAGCUUCGAAGCGGCCUGGUCAGAAGAGACAGCAUGUGGGACAAACUUAUCUUCAAAAAGGUCCAGGCGAGUCUUGGCGGCCGUGUGCGGCUCAUGGUUACUGCAGCGGCGCCCGUGUCUCCCACUGUCCUGACGUUCCUGCGAGCUGCUCUUGGCUGUCAGUUUUAUGAAGGCUACGGUCAGACUGAAUGUACUGCGGGCUGCUCCAUGUCUAUGCCUGGGGACUGGACCGCAGGUCACGUCGGCCCUCCGCUGCCCUGCAACAUCAUCAAACUGGUGGAUGUGGCAGAAAUGAAUUACCUGGCAGCUAAUGGAGAAGGAGAGGUUUGUGUUAAGGGACCAAAUGUAUUCCAAGGAUACCUUAAAGACCCUGAGAAAACAGCGGAGGUGAUCGACGAGGAUGGAUGGUUGCACACAGGGGAUAUCGGCAAAUGGCUACCUAAUGGUACUCUAAAGAUUAUCGACAGAAAGAAACACAUUUUCAAACUGGCACAAGGAGAAUAUAUUGCUCCUGAGAAAAUAGAGAUGGUCUAUAAUCGCAGUGACCCGGUGUCCCAGGUGUUUGUUCAUGGUGAUAGUUUACAGGCUUGUUUAGUGGGUAUCAUUGUGCCUGAUCCUGAAAUUUUACCUGCCUGGGCCUUGAAAUAUGGAAUUAAAGGAUCUUUCUCUCAACUCUGCAACAACAAGGAUGUAAAAAACGCCAUUCUGGAGGAUAUCUUGAGGUUUGGCAAAGAAGCAGGACUGAAGUCUUUUGAACAGGUGCGUGAUAUCGCGUUACAUCAGGAGAUGUUUACAAUCCAGAACGGUCUGCUGACACCCACCCUCAAGUCCAAGAGGAACGAACUCCGCAGCUGCUUCAGGGAGCAGAUUGAUGCACUCUAUGCCCAAAUUAAGAUGUGAGGACAAAGAAAAUGUGUCAUUUGAUUUGUAUUGAUUUGUAUCUUUACCUUUCAGUCACAAUCUCAUUUUGUAGAAACACCUUGAAAGUAAACUGGAAUGUGCAUCUCCAUUUUAAAUCUUUUGUUCCUGUUUCUGUUGUACUACAAUGUACCUGCAGUCACAGGAUAACACCAAGUUAAGACCAUUCAAAAAGGUGUCAUGAAAUUAUUCAAGAAAGCUUGGAAAAAAGGACGGGGAAUUGUGGCUUUCUAGUGUGUGCCUUAGCCUCAACAAGUUUUUUUUUUUUUUUUUUUUUUUCCCCCCCACACAGAACAAUCAGCAAUCUCCGCUCACCAACAGUAUAUCUGUUGCAUUCCAGUUUGGAGCAGAAAAAAUUAAUAAUCCCAAACAGUACUAGCUAUUGGUAUACAAAGUAUUUUGUUUUGAUUUUUAAAAUGAGACAGUAUUUAAUGUCAUAAUCAAACAUGUAAAUAGUCUAUGCUAAAUAUGUGGCGUUUUGUCUGUGGUACUGUAUUGUUGAUUUCGUGCAUUCCCAAGUUUCUCUGAGCUGCACCGCAAAUAAAUACAGUUGAUAUUGAUAAUUAUCUU